AUGCCUCCUCCAGCGUCUGAUGAGGAUGCUGCGACGCUUUCCUCCCAAGAGCACCACCCUUCCCUCUGGACUCGUCUCAGCACUCGCUUUGGUGAUGCCUUUAGUGGUGCAGACCCGAGGGUCUGCAUUGCUUUCUGGCUCUUCGGUCUUAUCAACAAUGUUCUAUACGUGAUCAUUCUUUCCGCAGCUGUAGAUCUAGUUGGACCCGAUGUGCCAAAAGGCGUCGUUCUCCUCGCGGACGUGAUUCCCUCGUUUGCGACCAAGCUUGUCGCCCCGUACUUCAUCCAUCUGGUCCCGUAUUGGAUGCGCAUCCUGGUCUUCGUUUUCCUAUCGGCUGUGGGCAUGCUAGUUGUGGCUAUGAGUCCAGGCUAUACCGAUGGUGGGACGAUAUCGGCCAAAAUUGCAGGGAUCAUACUGGCUAGCUUCUCCAGCGGUGGUGGAGAGUUGAGCUUUAUGGGUCUAACCCAUUUCUACGGCCCAUUUAGUCUGGCAGCGUGGGGAAGCGGUACUGGCGCUGCUGGGCUGAUCGGAGCCGGUGCCUAUGCCCUUGCAACUUCGGCGUUGGGGUUCUCUGUUCGUACCACACUGUUGUUUUCAGCGUGUCUGCCUGCUGUCAUGGUCGUGAGCUUCUUCGUGGUGCUCCCCAAAUCUCCCCUGAGAUCUGCCGAAGCGAGCGUGGAUGGAUAUCGCAUUGUUGAGGGUGGUGGACAUAUGGAAGAAGAUGAAAUGGGGGAUGGCACUGGCGGAGAACACGAGGGACUCUUGGGGUUGUCGCGCAGUUCCACAGAUGUCCAUAAACCUGUUCACGUCAGCCCGACUCCCUGGCAAGAGCAGGUGCGCACGAAUCUACAUCGCGUCAAAGGGCUGUUUAUUCCCUUCAUGGUCCCGAUGCUACUGGUCUAUAUUGCUGAGUAUGUGAUCAACCAAGGUGUUGCUCCGACUCUGCUCUUCCCACUGCAUGAAUCCCCUUUCGAGCACUUCCGCUCCUUCUAUCCGACCUAUAAUGCCAUCUACCAGAUUGGCGUUUUCAUUUCCCGGUCCUCGACGCCCUUCUACCGCAUCCAUAAUCUAUAUCUGCCAUCCCUCCUGCAGGUGGUCAAUCUUGCGGUGCUGACUCUUCAUGCGCUCUUCAAUUUCAUUCCCAGUAUAUGGCUCGUAUUCCUUGUUGUUUUCUGGGAGGGAUUGCUUGGUGGAGUGGUGUAUGUCAAUACCUUUGCUGAGAUCGCUGACCGAGUCCCUAAAGAGGACCGUGAAUUCUCACUGGGGGCCACAACUGUCAGUGAUUCCGGUGGAAUCUGCAUUGCCGGCUUUCUUAAUCACGUUUUGGGGAGGCCUUCGACCCGCUUCCGCAAGAUCCAAGUAUUUGCGGUUGUCUCGUUUUGGUCGAUUUACUUAUUAAGAGCAGAUAGACAUGGGCCACCAUUCAUCCGAUCUCUCUCAUCCCGUCUUACAGGAAAGUUGACAGCAUGGCAAACCACAGUCAUCAUAUUCCUCUGGCUCUAUCUUAGCAGGAACUUUGCCAAAAUAGUCGGCCUGGAAUGUCCUGAACCAUUGGCAAACAUGUACUCGCGAUCUUUCUUCCGAGCAACAUGGAUCACCACCGGUCUAGAUGCUGGAUUUUGGACCGCCAUGAACAUAAAACCCAAAUGGCUGAGGGAUAUCGCAUCGCUGGUCUUUACGGUUUACUAUCUGAUUGCCGCCGAACAAGCAGAUGAGAAAGUUCGCCGGGUCCGGGCUACUCUGACCCUAGAGCAUUUGCGUGUCUCAUGGAACAAGGCGACCAGCCCCUACCUGUGGACAUUGGCGAAACUGCUACGUCCACGAAUGACUCGGUUUCCGCCUCGGGCGAUUCGGGUCCCUCGCCCCGCGCAGUCCGUUUACACUGAGCCGGUGAACGCAUGGCUGUAUUUUGAUGGGCCUCUAAGCGCACUACAAGACCAGACCCUCGUCGUGUUUGAUGUACCCGGUGGUGGGUUUGUGGCUAUGAGCCCUAGAAAUUCAGAGGACAAGUUACUGUCCUGGGCUGGGCGACUCAAGGUUCCUGUCAUCAGCAUUGACUACCAGAAAGCGCCAGAAUCUGCAUAUCCCUAUGCACUGCAUGAGUGCUAUGAUGUCUACCAUAGCAUCAUCGCUACCAAUGGUCGUUGCAUGGGUUUGAGUGGGAAGACACGUCCUCGUAUUCUUGUUACUGGCGAGAGUGCCGGUGGAAAUUUGGCAGUGGGAAUGACCUUGAUGAUUUUGCAGUCAGCGAUGGCUCGGGGCUGGCGUGGAGAACACGUGCUUCCAGCUCCCGAUGGUUUAGUUUUGGGAUACCCUGCAUUGAAUAUGAGGGUAGAGAGUUGGAUGAGUGAUGAACAGAUGUCUUUAAUCCAAGACAAGAGCUCACGUCAGACAAAUCGCGGCGUCUUGCAACGGAAGCAGGAUCAAUAUCGUAAACUCACGCCCUACACAUCCCCAGGUCAUUCGGUUGAGGAUCUCACUGCUAUAUCACCACCGGAGAAGAAAGAUACCAAAGACACUAAUGUGGCCGCCAAAGCCGCCAAAUCUCUGGAGCAAAAACUUGAAAAGAGCGAAGACCUCGCUCCAAAGCUUGCUGCUCAAUCAGAAGAUGAGGUCAAGCCAAUCAAGACCCGACUCGCGGUCUCGUCCAUGAUCACAUAUGUCCACGAUCGCAUCCUCACGCCUGAAAUGACACGCGCCAUGAUUAUUCUGUACAUUGGGCCCCACCAUCGUCCAGAUUUCAACACCGAUUUCCUUCUAUCUCCAGUUUUGGCUCCGGAUGCUUUGCUCGCUCGCUUCCCGAAGACAUAUAUCAUGACUGGGGAGCGAGAUCCGCUAGUUGAUGAUACGGUAAUUUUUGCAGGCAGACUGCGCCAAGCAAAGCUGCAUCACUUCCGUGAACGCCAGGAUCUUGGUUUGGAGAGGACGAAACGUCCAUUCAAUGAGAGAGACUACGUCGAAAUCUCCCUGAUACCCGGAGUAUCCCACGGAUUCAUGCAAAUGGCCGGUUUCUUCCCGGACGCUUGGAAAUACAUCCACCGCAACGCAGACUGGCUCGAGACUCUAUUUGACAAUAUCAAGAGCGACAACUCCGAGACUGAUCUGCUUGAACGUGAACGGGCUGCGAACAACUUGGGUGUCUCCCUCAAGUGGUCUGGCUCUGCAAACCGCGAAGCAACCCCCGCAACUGGCGGACGCAAUCAUCAUCGGGGCUUGACUGGCGAGUCCUCGGGUGAUGACGAUCGACCCUUGGAAAUUAGCAUGACCAAGAUGAACGAGGAGACAGUAAACGCAAGGCCCGAGCUCCGAACACGGCGGAGGAGAUCACGUUCAUCGUUUGCUUCCUCGCGAUUCACUGGGUUUACAUCGCUGGGUGAUGAUCGCAGCGCCAAGGACGAUUUCAUUGCUAAGCUCCAACAGCUAGAGAGAGCGGGUCGUUCGCGGGAUCGGUUUGAUCCUGAUGAAACGAAUAGUGCCCCUGAAAGCCCGUGUGCAGUUCGAUCCCGGGGACGAAGCAUUGCGUCUCUGGAUAGUGAAGAGGAUCUGCUAGAUCGACGUAUGAAUGGGCUUGCUGGUGGAUUGAUGGGCAUCGGGGAAGGGGCACAGACUCCCGGACCGUGA